AUGGCCCCAGCAUUGUCUAUCGCACCUCGAGAGCCGCACGUCCUCGACACCAACAUCGUGGAAGAAAACGAGAAGCCGCUGCCCCACCGGAGACGGGCGCUAGCGUCCGUCGAUAACUUGGCGACACACAUGGAGGAAGACGACAUGGGCCUCCAAAACCAACAACCUAGCCUUGCUAAGGACUCACAAGAAAUGGAACAAAUCUUAGUUGAUUUAGGUAACAGUGAUAUAGUCCAAGCAGAUCUACUACAGGCUAUCAAGACAUUAGAAACUGGAGGCGAUGCACUCUCAUCAGGUGAUCCUGAUGGAAUUUUUCCCCUCUCUGGAUUUGAUUUGCCUGAGACAACUGCUGAUUCAGAGGGUGAUGCUGUGGAAGAGAAAAUUAAGGGAGUACAGGUACGUUUGGAAAGGAGAUGUGCAUUUUUGCAGAGAAGAUUGAGGAUAUUACAGGCUAGAGCCAUAGGAAAAAAAGUGUCUGAAGAAGCAGCACAAACUUUUGAGAAGUGUGCUCGUGGAUCUCGUAGGGAUGGUGGAGGCAGACCUGUUGGAUUAAAAACAUUCUUAAAAACUGUAGAGACCACAGCUGCUUUGCAAGCAAGUGCGGCAUCAAAGGCUGUUGCAGGACCUAAAUAUUAUAAUCCAGGCACAUCUAAAGGGGAUGCAUCUAGAUCUGCUUGUAUAGGAGUAUCAUCAGGUACCUUAGCAGGCUUAGAAGACACUGCAGGUGCUCUUCGUUCACACCUGUCAGUGGUAAAGCAUGAGCUGGACUCUGAUGCCACAGCUACGUCAUCUGGUGCUGAAAGCAACGAUGAGGCUGUUCCAUACAACAAUCUACAUCAACAACCUAUGCCAAUAGAAAAGCGUGCUUUAUGGACAUGGCAGCGUGCUCGCGCAUCAAUCGCGUACCGCUGGAGUUGGCUUCAGGCACAAGUGCAGGAGUUGGAUUACAAGAUCAGACAGCACAACGAACUACGUCAUCAGGUCCGGGAGGCUAAAGGUCCAGUGGAGUUCGAGGGUGAGCCAGUCGGCUACGAAGGCUCACUGCCCGGCGCCUCUACACCGGACGAUGACCCGGCGCUGAACACAUGCGCGCGCGUGCGGCCGUUGCGACGCGAGACUUUCAAGAAGAGGAAGCUGCUACAGAUGCACAAUUUGCACAUGGCUAUUAAUAAAGCGGCGAAACCCUCGGAUGUCAGAUGCAGUUGCGUGGCGCCCGAGAGCUGCUCGGUGUGCACGGGGCGCGCCGAGCCUACGCAGCCCGCGCCGCCCUUCAGCACGCUGAGUCGCCAGCAGCGCCUCGCCUGCGUCGACCAUGCCUACCAUCCGGUCCUCAGUGAUAUCAAAGAGUUCCCGCCAGCGCUGCACAUGUCGGCGCUGUCUUCGCGCGGCUGGUUCCGAGCGCGCUUCGCCAAGUCGUGGCGCGGCGCGCACCACUCGGGCGCGAGCCGCGCGCCCGCCGCCGCCGCCGCCUCUGCCUCCGCCUCCGCGCCCGCCGCGACCCCCGCCGCCUCCUCCGCCCCCGCCUCGGGCCGCACGCAUCGCAGGCACCAUCCCACCCGAUUGAGAAGAGGCCGACCCCCACUCACACGGAGAAUAAGGGAAAGAGAAAGAGAUGAAGAGACUUCGACCUCUGGACAGGAAAGAUCCCGCGGUCGUUCCAGCACCGAGUCCCGAUCGUGGCGCCGCCAGUCGUACGACAUUGACAACAUCGUGAUACCGCAGAGUAUCGCUGCCAACACGCGACCGCAGAUACUCACUUACAAAGAAAUCAUCACACCGAAGUGGCGGGUGAUGGAAAUGCCAGAGACAUCGAUGAACAACGGUGUGGCGAAGUCAACACGAAUGUCCAUCGAGAGUGAGGAGGAGGACGUGUCGGACGCCGCGGUGCAGCUGCGCCACACGCGCGCCGAGGGCCGCGAGCGCGAGCGCUACAUGCGCAAGCGCCGCAGGAACGCCGCGCCCGACCUGUCGCCGCCGCCCCCGCCCCCGCCGCUCCCUCCGCAGCCCCCGCCCCCGCCCGCGCCUGCCGUGCAGCGCCGCCCCUCCACCCCCGCGCUCCAUGAGACAGUGAGACCGUACACGCCUCGACAGUUCCCGCUGCCCGAGGAGCUGUACCAGGGCAUGCUGGCGGCCAUGCCCGACGGCUACCGGCCCGCCAGCCCCGGCGCCGAGCCGGACGCGGCGCUGGACGAGGACGCGGAGGCGAGCAGCUCGCUGUCCCCGCUGUCGCCCGCGCUGUACGCCGGCGACGACCCCGACGACGCCGAGUGGGAGCCCGCCGCGCCCAGCCACGAGCGCAGGAGGAGCGCCUUCAGGUGA